AUGUCGCAUAACAGAUUCAUUCAAUCGUUUACUCAGUUUCCCAAGGAUAUAUUCCGCGUGAACUCAGGCACCUCCAUCCGGCUCCGGGCUUGGCCAGGUCCACGACGACCACACGGCGUAUUCGACCUUCUUACAACUGCAGGAAAAGUACAACCGAAGGCUCUCAACCCAGCCACUUAUGAAUUCCCUAAUGGGGCUUCCAUGCGCCCCAACUCUAGGACACAACAGAACCUCGUUCGCACUGUCAAACCCUGGGGUGGUCUCACUAUUUACAUAUAUGCUAUUAUGGCUGGAACUCAUCUCCCUGACGAUCUCAUUCUUGUCCACGAAUUUCGCGACCAUUACUCACUACAAGCCCGGAAGGAGAUGACAGUCGAAGGUACUAAUAAUAUGGUCCACUAA